UUGGCCAAGGGAGGGGAAAAAAACGACAACACAGUAUAUAAAGACCGGAGACUGAAGUAGGAAAACCAUCAGUGAACACUGACUCUCUUACAAGAUUCAACAUCUCAAGUGAAGUGAUCCGCACAACAUGAAAUUCCUUCUGGUCGCCCUUAUUGGUGUAGUGGCUUUCGCUGCUGGCCAGCCCGUCGAUGAAGCAGCUGCUCCGGCUGCUGUUGUUCCAGUUGACGAAGCAUCCGUCAUAGCUGUUGCUGAGGCUAAUCCCGACCAGGAGACCAUGGAGGCCAGUGGAUCAGCUUUGAAAAUUAUCGAGCACAAAUUGGAACAUUGGUUGAAGAAAUGCUACAAAAAGGGAGGUUGCGGCUCGACUGGUUACGGAUACGGAGGACAUAGUGUCCGUCCUGUCCCUGUUCCUGUUCCUGUUUAUACACCAGUCUAUACUCCUACCCCUUAUCUCGGUGGCUAUGGGUCAUCUUAUGGCGGUGGCUAUGGGUCAUCUUAUGGCGGUGGCCAUGGUUAUGGUUAUGGAUCGUCUUACGGGUCUUACGGGUCUUACGGCGGGUUAUACGGUGCCUCACCUUUAUACGGCGCAGGCUACGGGCUCGGCGGAUACGGACUGGGCGGAUAUUGAAAAUGUCCCGACUAAUUAACUUAUACACAUUUCUUGUGCCAACUCAACUUGUACAUUUGAUCAACGCUAAUACAUUUUUUUGACUUCAA